GGGGGGCUGGUGUAGCUGAUUUGCCCAUAUCAAAAAUGGCGCUGUACACGGCCGAACAAAAUGGCGGUCCCAGGAGGACUUCGUAUGGAUUGGCCCAUCGCCCAGCUCAGUGAUCGCUCUAAUCGCUAUAUGGUUGGUGGAGGGCUGAGAUGAUCGCAAAGCUAGUCCAAUCAGCACUGUAGAGAUACAAUGUAGCGGGAUUCUAUUGGAUGGAGGCCUGGAAGCUGAGACCAAUGGCAAAGGACGCGAUUUGGCGCCUGCUUUGACUGUGGCGGAGAACGGACCAGUCGCCGCUGCUGCAGCCAUCCCGCCACUGUUCUCGGCUUCUCGUAGCGCGGCGGUAGCGGCCCGGCUUCGGCUAUGUUCCUCUCCGACUUCCGCAAGGAGUUCUACGAGGUGAUUGUGGCGCAGCGUGUUCUUCUUCUUGUUGCUUCAGAUGUAGAUGCAUUAUGUGCUUGUAAAAUACUCCAAGCUUUGUUUCAAUGUGAUCACGUACAAUAUACACUUGUCCCAGUAUCUGGGUGGCAAGAACUUGAAACUGCAUUUCUUGAACAUAAAGAUCAGUUCCAAUAUUUUGUUCUUAUAAACUGUGGUGCCAAUGUUGACCUCCUGGAGAUCCUGCAGCCUGAGGAAGAUACAUUUUUCUUUAUCUGUGACACCCACAGGCCUAUCAAUGUAGUGAAUGUUUACAAUGAGACACAGAUUAAGCUGUUGGUUAAGCAGGAUGAUGACCUUGAAAUUCCUGCCUAUGAUGAUAUCUUCAGAGAUGAAGAGGAGGAUGAAGAUGACUCUGGGAAUGAAAGUGAUGGAUCAGAGCCUUCAGGGAAGCGCAAACGAUUUGAAGAGGAUAUUAUGGAGAGAACAAUGAGAAGAAGACAGAGGAGAGAGUGGGAGGCACGUAGACGAGAAAUUCUCUUUGAUUAUGAGCAAUAUGAAUACCAUGGGACCUCGUCUGCCAUGGUGAUGUUUGACUUGGCAUGGAUAAUGUCUAAAGACUUGAAUGACAUGUUGUGGUGGGCUAUUGUUGGGCUUACGGACCAGUGGGUUCAAGAUAAAAUCACACAAAUGAAGUAUGUGACUGAUAUUGGAACUUUACAACGUCAUGUGUCCCGGCAUAACCACCGCAAUGAAGAUGAAGAGAACUCCCUUUCUAUUGAUUGCAUGAGAAUAGCAUUUGAGUAUGAUUUGCGCCUGGCUCUUUAUCAACAUUGGUCCCUAUUUGAAAGCCUCUGUAAUACUUGUUAUACUUCUGCCAGUCUCAAACUUUGGUCUGUACAAGGGCAGAAGAGGCUUCAGGAGUUUUUUGCUGACAUGGGUUUGCCUUUGAAGCAGGUGAAACAAAAGUUUAAUUCCAUGGACAUUUCCUUAAAGGAUAACCUACAGGAAAUGAUUGAAGAAUCUGCUAGCAAAUUUGGAAUGAAAAACUUAAGAGUACAGACCUUCAGCAUUCACUUUGGUUUUAAGAACAAGUUCUUAGCAAGUGACAUUGUCUAUGCAACAGCUUCUCUAAUGGAGAAUAUAGAGAAAGAUGACCCUGGAACUGAUAAUUUUAUCAAGGCUUUGGAUAGUCUUUCCAGGAGUAACCUGGACAAACUGCAUCAAGGGCUGGAACUAGCCAAAAAACAACUUCGUGCCACUCAGCAGACUGUAGCCAGCUGUAUUUGCACCAAUCUUGUAAUCUCUCAGGGGCCUUUUCUUUAUUGCUAUCUAAUGGAGGGCACUCCAGAUGUGAAACUGUUCUCCAAACCAGUGUCUCUGUGCCUACUCAGUAAAUAUUUACUCAAGUCUUUUGUUUGCUCUACAAAAAACAAGCGCUGUAAGCUGCUGCCACUAAUAGUAGCAGCGCCGAUGGAUGUUGAACAGGGUACAGUGAUCAUGGUGGGAAUUCCUCCAGAGACAGAAAGCUCCGACAAAAAGAACUUUUUUGGGAGAGCAUUUGAAAAAGCUGCAGAAAGCACAAAUUCUAGGACUUUACAUAACCACUUCGACAUGUCUAUAAUUGAACUGAAAAUGGAAGAUCGGAGCAAAUUUCUGGAUGCACUUAUUUCUCUCUUGUCCUAAUGGUUACCAGCUGCUGUUGGGAUCUGUAAGGCAGAGUGACCAAUUGCUGGCCUCCCAGACUUCUUUCCCUGCCCUGCUGCACUUUGCAGACAAGCAAAAAAUAUCACUGAAGUCUCAAAUGUUGUCUUCAUUCAUGGUGUUGCAAUUGUGAUGCUCCAUCUUGCUGUCCUUCUUGACAUACUGCAACAGGCUUCAACUUAAAUCUUCUUUCUCUCAUAGCAGACAGAAGGACGUCGCCUGUGGCACGUGGGUGCUGAGCACUCUCUUUGUAAAGACCCUAGCCUCCUGAUUUAGGAACUAGUUGGACCCCACUGGUCCAGAUUGUCAUAUGAGUAGGAGCAGAAAGACUACCUGUAAACUGCAUUUCUAUGACCAAGCAUUUGACAAUCUGGAACUCUCCUAUGCCUUUCUGUGUUGAUACAGAUAAUAAGUUUAGGAUUUUCUAAAAAUUCACACUCUACUGAACUGUUGUUGUUUGUUGUUCAAUUGACCUUUUUUCCUAAGUGCCUUUUUAAAAGCUAAGGAAGAAUUCAUCUGAAUAAAAUGUAUAUAGAGGAAGUUCAGUUUUGUGGGGAGAAAAAAAUCUUGCAUCCAGGAAUUGGUCUCUGCCUAGCAUGUUUGAGAAGCAAAGGAAAACCUAUUGGUCCAGGCUAUUAAAUGCUUUGUUGCAGAAACCUGAUUUGCAGGUAUCGGAAAAACACUUCUUGAGUUUCUAGUAUAAACCUCUCCAAAAUCAGCUCUUAAUACAUGUCACCAGGAGUAGCUCUGUGUAGUUUUAAUUUCUAAAAAUCUCUGUUCUGUGAGGCAUGGAUUUAAUAUUGUAGGUCUCUUAAAAUCCAAAUACCGAUCAACCACAAGUACUGAAAGAGAACCUGUACUAGCCGUAUAGAAUAAUUGUUCUUUGACAGCACUCCUGUUAAUAGCAUCUCCUGAAGAGGUGAUUCCUGUAUCAACACCAUGUCCUUAGCCAGUCACUUUGAUACUGCAGUGUCACUUUUAAAAUGGCUUUUGGAGUGGCACUUUCAGUGAGUGUGCUAUUAUGCAUGGACUACAGUAUUUUAAAUAUAGACAAGUUAGAUCAAACCCAUCCUGCUGUCAGGGGAGGAUAUGGUUUCUCAAAUAGGGAAGGUUUCAGUUCUCAUAUAGAACUGAUGUUGCACUUGAUCUUAGUCACACAAAAUGGUUGUCAAACCAACUGAACUUCCCCUUUUCAGCCCUCAACAAUGUAUUGUUACUUUAAUUUCUAAGCAGCGAAUGAAUUGUGAAGAUAUGAUCAGUGUCUCAUGAUGUCCCAUAUAUUCAGAUCAUCUGAUACAGUUCUGAAUAAAACUCCAAACUCUUGUAUUACACAACGUACCACUUUAUUAGAUGUAUUCUGUGUGUUUCUGUGUUGUGUUUAGAUUAUUGUACAUUUUAAGAAAGGGUGAGGUUUUUUCCACCUUUUUCAGUGUCUGCCUGGAUUCCUUACACAUGUGAUUUUUAUUUCUUUGAGUAUUAUAUUGACUGUGUAAAUGUUUUGUUACCUGGAUUUUAUCUUAUGUUGUGUAGAUUUUGUGUAGAUUAAUUUUUAACUAAUGGGAUUUUAAAUGUAGCCAAUG